AACCCAGGCUCACCUUAAAGAAAAACAGCUUCAUCUCAUCAAUUCUCUUCUCAACCAAAACAAACAAAAAAAAUAAAAAAGACAACUUGAAGGGCUUUUUCCUGCUACUUCAAUGGCUUCCCAUUUUUAGAAUCCAAUACUCAAAAUCCCCAAUAAAAACCCUUAAAAUCUUAAAAAGUAAUAAACUUCAUUUACUACAGAAAUCAUCAAUGGCGUCAAUAACUCUCCGCCUAAAAUCUCACCAUCAUAAACCCUCCUCCAACCUCACUUUCUCUCUCCUCUUUUCCUCUUCUUCUUCUAACAACAACAACAACAACAACAAUGGCGAAAAACCAUACCCUUUCUCAUCUUACUUUACCGAAAUUAAAUCCGAGUUAAAACAAAAACAAUCGCCGAAUUUCAACAACGUUUUCACUCCACAAGGUUCUUCUACUCCCUCGAAACUCGAGUCAAUAGAUGAAAUCCGGAAGAAUUUAUCGGAGUUUCGCCGUCGAUCGUCGGUUUCUACGCCGGAAUCUCGUCCUACUUUUCAGCGAAAUGUCGGAAACCCUAACCCUAACCCUAACAUUGUCGGGCAGAAUCUGGUUAUGUCGUUUGAUAAAAUCAGAGAUAGCUUGCGCAAUUUGAAUGCGAGAGUAGGUGAGAAAGGGAAGAGUGUGAAUGAGCAUAUGUCGUUGAAUACUUACAGGCAGAAUCUUAAAUUGCGGCCGCCAAUGGAGGAACAACAACAACAACGUCGUGGUGGUGGUGUUGUUGUUGGUGGUGGUCAUAUGGUGAUUGGAGGAUCGGUUGAGAAUUUGCCGGCGAAUGUGUUUGGGAGGGAGAUGAAGGAGAAGGAGGGGAAGAAAGGGAAAGAAGGCGGUGGCAAGUCCGAGGAGGAGGAGGAUGAGAUGGAGUUGACUACUCUUUAUACUAAAGAUGAGUUGGGGAAGAAAUUGAGAGAGUUGAGGCCUGAGGGUAAAGGGAAGAAAAGUGGGAAAGAUGAUUGGUUUUCGUUGUCGGAGUUAGGGGAGAGGUUGAAGAAGCUUAAGGAGAUCGAAUUGAAAAAUAAGGUUGAUAGUGGGAUUGAUCAUUUUAAAGAGUUGAGGAGCACUAUAAGGCAUCUUCAUCAUAAAGAGGAGUCUAAUAAUGCUCCUAUCCAGAGUAUCGAUAUACUAAGUUCUCCUAGUUUUAUGCUGUCUCCUCCAAAAGAGAAUUUAGUUGAAAAGUAUUUCCAUCCAGACAACAUGUCUGCUGAGGAAAAAUUAAAGCUUGAGCUGAAAAGAAUUCGGGAUGAAUUCAAAAUGCACGAGUCAGAUUGUGGUUCAACACGUGUUCAAAUUGCACAACUUACAACCGAAAUACUUCACCUUUCUUCUGUAUUGCAUAAGAAGGAUAAACAUUCUCGUCGAGGACUGCUAGCGAAGGUGCAGCAGAGGAAGAAGCUGUUGAAAUAUCUUAGGAGAACAGACUGGGAGUCCUAUACUUUUGUUCUUUCUAAACUUGGCCUCCGUGACAACCCUGAUUACAAGAAUUAAAAGAGCGUAUGCAGAUAAUUUAUUUUCACUGGGGGAACAAACACUGAGAUUUUGCUUUUUAUCAGAGUUGUUGCUGCCCAUUCCAUAUAGAGUUCUUUUUAGCUUUAAAGUCAAAAAGCAAAUGGUAGAUGUAGAAGGGCAGUUAAAAACACUUGCAAUUAGGAUAAGUACUAAACUUCUAAUGAUCCUUCCACUGUGUCUUAAUUUGCACGCAGUGGCCCAUGCUUAAAUUCUUUUCUUUCAAUUAUGUUUAAUUUUGUAAUUUUCAUUUUUCUCCAGUUGGAUUUAGUUGCACAUUACUAGUUUAAGAUACAGGAGUCGGGAUGAAUGUGACUAUUAAUUUUCGACGAGGGUGGAAUAAUUCCUUGUACUUCUGGUUGUCCGUCAUCAAACCACCACAGUGAUGGAAGUUCAUUCACAUCCUUAAUAGACGCUGUGGCUUUAAAGAUGACUUGGCUGAUGCAGGUAGUGCUUGGGCAUUGUUGUUAGUGCUGUGAACGAAAUGUUCAGCAUUAUGUAAGGUGAUAAUGUCAGUUGACGCCAUUGUAAUGUGUUAUAAGUUAUGUAUGUUUGAUGAGAAACAUGAAAACUUGAUAUAAUAGAUCAUUUUGAUA